AUGUCCAGCCGUCACUCACAUAGACGGACGCAGCAACCUGCGCCAGUUCCCUAUGCAUCAGUCCCUACAAGUCCCCGUUCUGCUAGAUAUUCUCAGCAAGCUCAACCUUCCCAUCCAGUUCCACAACGAUCUACGUCAAGUGGAAAUCGCGCGGCACAACGUGCAAGGGGUGCUUUAGCUCAGAGUGUGGCGACAGGUGCUGUUGGGGGAAUGUAUGGUCCUUAUUCCUACAAUCCCAACCAUCCCGACAAUACGCCAAACCAAAAUGGUCGAUUUAGCGCGGAGAUGUCAAGCUCUUCAAGUGGUCAUGGACAUCGGAUAACUCCAGCACCAGUCCGAAAACCAGUCCCGCCGCCUCCUCCAUUCGAACCAGAACCACCACGAGGUCCUAUGGCUACCACCGCAGCUAUGUCGGGUCCCCAUUAUGUAUGGGAUAAGGAUCCAGAAGCCGACGACAUUCUACAUAAUCCCGAUCCUGCAAGGGAUAGAAUACAGGAUCUUUCUUUCAAUCCCUUCUCGGUUCGAGGCUGGGGCAAUGUCAUCGUACUGAUUGUCCUUGUAGUUGGGCUCAUCAUGUUGUUUGCAGGAUACCCUAUUCUUGUCUGGUGGAGAACCACAGCACCAGCAAGGAAUGGUUUCAACCUCGGGGGGAUCAAUGCUUCUGGUCAGGUACCAAUUCUACCCGGCUUGCGAGGCCUUAUAGAUAUCGAUACACCGUCAUCCGCCCGUACCCGUACAGGAAACGACGGAAAGAAAUAUAAUCUUGUAUUCAGCGACGAGUUCAAUACUGAUGGUAGGACAUUUUAUCCUGGCGAUGAUCCGUAUUGGGAGGCAGUCGAUCUACAUUAUUGGCCUACCGGUGAUCUGGAGUGGUAUGAUCCAAGUGCAGCCACAACUGCUGAGGGAAAUCUGGUGUUGACAAUGACUCAAGAACCUAUCCAUGAUCUGGACUUCAAAAGUGGGAUGAUACAGUCAUGGAAUAAGAUGUGCUUUACAACCGGCUACAUCGAAGUCUCCGUAAGCUUACCUGGAACUUCCAAGGCGCCGGGGUUUUGGCCAGGUGCUUGGACAAUGGGAAAUUUGGGACGGGCUGGGUAUGGAGCCACCACAGAAGGAAUGUGGCCUUAUAGCUACGAUGCAUGUGACAUCGGCACUUAUCCUAACCAAACCGACCCCAGUAACCCAACAGCGGCAGCAACUGGUGGUACUGAUGGAGGACCUUUGAGUUUUCUACCAGGCCAGCGAUUAUCGGCUUGUACGUGUCCUGGCUCGGACCAUCCGGGCCCAACUACUAAGACAGGGCGGGGUGCCCCUGAAAUCGACAUCAUCGAAGCUCAAAUCGACACUGACAUUUUCCGCGGCGAGGUCUCCCAAAGCUACCAAAUUGCGCCUUAUAAUAUGAACUACAAAAUAAACCAAGCUGGGACGACUAUAUACGACACCUCGUUAUCAAAGUGGAAUACUUAUAUAGGAGGUCCUUACCAGCAAGCGGUCUCUGUUUUGACGUAUGUCGACGAUGAAAAUUACGGCGGAAACAAAUUCGCUACGUACGGUUUUGAAUAUUGGACGGAUCCAAAACAUCGAGAUGAAGGUUUUAUCACGUGGUACAGUCAAGGAAAGCCUUCCUGGACAAUGCUAGCGAGCGCAAUCGGAGCAGAUUCGGCCGCGAAGGUCAGUCAACGGUUAGUACCAGAGGAGCCUAUGUAUGUCAUCCUCAACUUUGGUAUCGCAGAAGGUUUCCAACGACAGGAUUUCAAACACUUGCAAUUCCCAGCGAAGAUGUACAUUGACUAUGUCAGAGUAUAUCAACGCGAGGGCACACGGGGAGGAGUGACAUGCAAUCCAUCUAGUCGUCCGACGAUGGACUACAUUAAAAAACACCUACAGGCUUACACAAAUCCGAACCUGACGACAUGGGCACAAGCGGGGAACACUUUCCCUCGGAACUCCCAAUGGGAUGGCUGUUAA